GAUGACAUCGAUGGGUAUCGCUGUUUCUCCACCUCUAAUAAACAGUGAAAUUAAAAUAAAAUGCUUGAGGGCUGGUACUGCCGGAACCAGGGGGAAGCCGCCAUCAAGGACGAGCCACAGCAGCCGGAGAGCGAUGAGGAACCGCCACCGCCGGCAAGGGAUCGUAUCUACGCGAUAGCUCAUGGCGGAGCACCCGCGAGUUCAUCUUCUGCAUCCGCGGGAUUGGGAAUUGGCGGAGUCGGCGCCGUGGACUACAAGGAGCGCUACAAAAACCUUAAAAAGAAGCUCAAGUUUCUCAUCUACGAGAACGAAUAUUUCCAGGAUCUGUUGCACACGAAUCAGCGAAGGCUGCUGAAGGUGUCCCGCGAUCGCACAUUCCUGCUGGAUCGCCUGCUGAUGUACGAGAAGCCCGCCAAGGACUCUAGCGACAGCGAUGCCACCGACAGCUCAGAUUCGGAGCCAGAGAACGCCUCAGCAUCCACAUCCGGGGUGACCGGAGGUUCCCAAACACCCAAAGAAACUAUACGCCGAAAACACAAAGACAAAGGAGCACCUGGAGUACCAGGAAUGCCCUCGCACAUGCCCACUGUGGGGGCCACACGGGGUCGCAGGCGCAAAAUUCUGACCGGAAUGAUGCCCUCGAGUCACGGAAUGCAGGCCGCUGCUGCAAAGAGACAGCUCACGGCCACAGUUUCGCCGUCGCAGCAGCUGCAGCAUCAGCAAAUCCAGCUACAGACUGUCCCCAAAGAGGCUUCACCUGGCUUGAGCACAGCCGAAAUUGCCCGUCAGCUGCAGGAACGACGCCCCACGCCCAUUGAGUUGAUGAGCCCGGAGUGUACCUCGGCCACUGUGCCCACCACGAUGCUCAGCGAUGAGAGUCCCUCCAAGUGCUAUGCCAAUGAGAGUUUGCAGCACUUGAUGGAGGACGACGAGGUGGCCGCCGAGGAGUGCGUGCCCAUGGAGUACACCAGUUAACAAUGAAACACGGCUAUAUGUUAUUUUGGCUUAUCUAUUAAACUAACAAGAACGACA